UUGGCCGGGGGUGAGGCCGGUGGGUUCCUGGGGCUCUGAGGAGGCCGACAGGGCAGCUGGGCUCUCUGACCCUGGCGAGCAGACUAAGGAAGCGAAACCGGGUGGGAGACCAAGGAGGAAACCCGGAGUCCGAGUCGGGCGUGGUAAUUCUGAGGAGAGAACCGGGAUUGCCGUAUCCAGUAGCUCAGAUCAGUGCAAGCGGGGGGCCUCGGGCGUGUUCUGUGGGCGUGACCCUGAGGGGUGUCCCCGAGUGUGACCUGGAGCGAGCUCCACGAAGAGGGGUUUUGCCUGUUUUGACCCCAAGGAAGAUCCUUCGAUGGUAGUGGGUCCCCGUACACAGUGUGCGCCUAACGGGGCUGACCUGUGCCCAACCUGCUGGAUUUUGGGAUUUUUCCCUUUUCCAAAAGAAGAGCUCAAAAGAGAAGGUUCAUCUCACAAAUCUCAAAGCCAUGUCUCAGGAUGAACUAGAGUAUGCCCUUACAGGGUGCAGUAUCAUUCAAGGAUGUGACUGUGGACUUCAGCCAGGAGGAGUGGCAGCAACUGGACCCUGCUCAGAAGGCCCUCUACAGAGAUGUGAUGUUGGAAAACUAUUGCCACUUAAUCUCUGUGGGGUUUCACAUGACUAAGCCUGAUGUGAUCCACAAGUUGGAACAAGGAGAAGAGCUAUGGACGGAGAGAAUUUUUCCAAGUCAGAGCUACCUAGAAGAAGAUGGGAAAGCUGAAGAUGUUUUACUGAAGUUCAGAGAAUACCAGGACAAGCAUUCUAGAUCAGUCGUAUUCAUCAACCACAAAAAAUUAAUUAAGGAGAGAAGCAAUAUUUAUGAGAAGACACUUGCUCUAGGCAAACACCAUGUUAUUUCAAAAACAAUAGUACAUGAAUAUAAGCCUGAUGGAAAGAUUUUGAAAAAUAUUUCAGGAAUAGUCCCUAAAAAUAAUCCUUUAAGAGAGAAGUUUAUUGAGAGUAAUGGAUGGGAGAAAUCUCUCUUUAAUACUAAGCAUGAUAAAAUUCAUCCUGCAAUGAAUCUCCAUAAACACACAGAAAGAGAUGUCAAUGGUAAACAGGAGCUUAUGCACCAUCAGAAGUUUCAAACUCCAGAGCAAUCAUUUGAACAUAAUGAAUGUGAAAAACCCUCUUUUGUGCAAGGAAUGUUAUUUACACAUACUAGGAUUCACAAAGGAGAAAGAACCUUUGAAUACAAUAAAGAUGAGAUUGCCUUCAUAGGAAAGUCAAAUCUUGGCAUUCAUGCACAUAAUCUUAUGGAAAAGAAAUCCUCUACAUACAACAAAUAUGGGAAAUUCCUCUGCAGAAAGCCUGUUUUUAUCUUGCAUCAGAGACCUCAAACAGAAGAGAAACCGUUUCAAUGUCCUUACUGUGGGAAUAGCUUCAGAAGGAAGUCAUACCUUAUUGAACAUCAGCGAAUUCACACAGGUGAGAAACCUUAUGUUUGCAAUCAGUGUGGAAAAGCCUUCCGUCAGAAAACAGCCCUCACUCUUCAUGAAAAAACACAUAUAGAGGGAAAACCCUAUCUUUGUAUUGAUUGUGGGAAGUCUUUCCGCCAGAAGGCAACACUCACUAGACAUCACAAAACACAUACAGGGGAGAAAGCCUAUGAAUGUACUCAAUGUGGAAGUGCCUUUAGAAAGAAGUCAUACCUCAUUGAUCAUCAGAGAACACACACAGGAGAGAAACCAUAUCAAUGCAAUGAGUGUGGGAAGGCAUUUAUCCAGAAGACAACGCUCACUGUACAUCAGAGAACUCACACAGGAGAGAAACCCUAUAUUUGUAAUGAAUGUGGGAAGUCAUUCUGCCAAAAGACAACCCUUACUCUCCAUCAGAGAAUUCAUACAGGAGAAAAACCCUACAUUUGUAAUGAAUGUGGCAAGUCUUUCCGCCAGAAAGCAAUCCUCACUGUUCAUCAGAGAAUACACACAGGAGAGAAAUCCAAUGGAUGUCCUCAAUGUGGAAAAGCCUUUAGUAGGAAAUCGAAUCUCAUCCGCCAUCAGAAAACUCAUACAGGGGAAAAACCAUAUGAAUGCAAAGCAUGUGGAAAGUUCUUUAGUUGUAAGUCAAACCUCAUUGUCCAUCAGAAAACUCACAAGGUAGAAACCAUGGGAAUUCAAUAAGUAAUGUGACUUUUUUGUAAGAACUUCUUAAGUCAUAGUAAACCCUAUCCAUGAUGUUACAAGUGUAGUAAUAUUCAACAAUUCAAGGUAUAUACCACAUAUCUAUCUGUGUUUGCUAGUCUGUAAAAAGUACACAUAAAAAAUAUUACCUGACAAAUCAAAUGACAAAAACUAUUGAAAAUAUAAGUCCCAAUCUUUUAAUUAGUAUGUUGAAAAGAUGAAAAGUUCCUCUGCCAAAUUACUAUAAACUUUUAAAAUGGAAACAGUUGGCCAACCAGCAGUGGUCCACAGAUUAUACUGUGAGUAGAAAUGCUUUAAAAGAAAGGUGUGCACUACAUUUCUUAUUGCAAAUAUGGGAUAAAACUAGUUGUUACCACCUCAAAGUUAACCACAGUUCUCAAUUCUAAUAUUAUACAUUAGGUUUUACAUAUUAUAAACCUUUAUAUAAAUUGGAUUAUAUAUCAUGUAUUCUUUCAUAUACAUGUCUCACUCAGCAUUAUGUCUCUGAGUCUAAUCAUAAGUGCAUUUGACAGAAGUUAUUUAUUUUCAUUCUAUGUAGAAUCCCAUCAUAUGACCGUAUCACAAUUUAUCCAUUCUACUGUUUAUAUUGUUUAUAGCUUAGAGUCAUAAUAAAUAAUGCUUCUAAGAACAUAUUUGUCUUUUAACAUACCUAUAUGCAUUUCUCUUAUAUAUAUACUUAGGAGUGGAAUUGCUGGGUCUUAGGGGACAUGUAUGUUCAGUCAGAUUUGGUAAAUAUUUCCAAAGAACACAGAAUUUUUACAGCAUGAGAUAAUUCACUCUUGAAAGGAAACAACUGUGAAUAUUAUCAAUAUGAUAAUAAUGCAGACUAGAGAAUUCAUGCCAGAGAGGAAGUCUAUAAAAUUAUACCGUGAAAAUUGGGAAUGUGACUAAGUAAAAAGGCUUUUAGCCACUGCACAAAUCUUAAUACAAUAUUAGACAAAUAUAAUAAAUAUAAGGUUGUCUUUAACCAAAGAUAGUAUCUUAUUUAAAAUCAAAAGUUAUUCUAGAGAAAGAGAAGCAUCCAGCAUUUUUCUUGCUCAACUUCAGAGAAUUCUGAAAGGAGAAAAAUCCUGUGACUAUGUUGAGGGUUGGGAGUGAGAGAAGAUACAGUCUCCACCCAUGGCCUAUAUCUUACAGUCAUAUACAGGCAAUAUGAAAAUACUUUAUUCAUAGCUCAAGUCUUAUACAACACCAGGGAAUUCAUACUGGAUGGGAAUUCUUCAAAUGAAAUUAUUGUAAGAAUGAGUAGCCAUAGCUCACUCCCUAUACAACAUCAUAGAAUUCAUACAAAAGAAAGGAAGAUUUAAAAGGAAACAAAUGAGGCAUGGGAUUCUUAACUAUAGGGAAAACUAGCUUCCAUGAUAGAAGGUCAACCAUACUGAGACUGUAUUGUUAGAGAGUCUCUGUGUAAGCACCCUGGUCAACAGCCCCAGUAGGGCUCCCAGCCAUCAGUCAGCAGCAGCUUCCAGCCUGUGAGUAAGCCUUCUUGGACAGUCUAAUCUUCAGAUGAUUAGUCCCUUCUGACACAUCAAGGUAGGACCACAAAAGAGAUCCCAAGCAGGAACUACCCAGCUUGAGGCCUUCCCAAAUUCCUUAUCCACAAAGUAGUUUCUUUUAUUAUUAUUAAAUUUGAUUGUGUGAUUAAAAGAAAACUUGGGCUGCCAGGUGCGAUGGUGGUUUGGGUGUUGAAUACCACAGGGCCAACUUUGUGGUUUGAGUCUUGGACCUGGCAACUUGAGAAAAACGC